CCGGCCCGGCGUCCGGCCCCCUAGCUUUUCGCGUCCCCUCAGGGCUCGGCGGCGGCUUUUGCUGUCGCCAUGACGGCGGCUGUGUUUUUCGGCUGCUCCUUCAUUGCCUUCGGGCCUGCGCUCGCCCUUUACCUCUUCACCAUCGCCACCGACCCUUUACGCGUCAUUUUCCUCAUUGCCGGAGCCUUCUUCUGGCUGGUGUCGCUGUUGCUUUCGUCCCUGAUUUGGUUCAUGGCAAGACUGGUCAGUGACAGCAGAGACGGGCCGAAGCAGACAUACCUGCUCAUCUUUGGAGUGUUGCUUUCGGUCCUCAUCCAGGAGGUGUUCCGGUUUGCCUAUUAUAGGCUUAUAAAGAAAGCCAGUGAAGGUUUGAAGAAUAUAAACCCAGAUGACGAAGUGCCUUCUAUGCGAUUGUUGGCCUAUGUUUCUGGUUUAGGCUUUGGAAUCAUGAGCGGAGUAUUUUCCUUUGUGAAUACCUUGUCUGACUCCUUGGGGCCAGGAACGGUGGGCAUUCAUGGAGACUCUCCUCAAUUCUUCCUCAAUUCAGACCUUCCUAAGUCCUCAUUAUGGAAUAAAUCUGCUGUCAGCAUAUAUAAUAUUGGUGCUUAUGGGCAUCUGGGCCUUUUUUGUUGCUGGAGGCAGCUGCCGAAGCCUGAAACUUUGCCUGCUGUGUCAAGACAAGGACUUCCUUCUUUACAACCAGCGCUCCAGAUAACCGCCGCAAGCUUAUGUCUCCUGAGCUGGGUCCUUAGAGGAAGCAGGAUGGUGCCUUUUCCUGAAAAAUCCCAUUUUCUGAUGAAGUUUAGAAGAAACUGUCUUGAUACUCUCAAGCAACAGCUCUCUGAAAGGAAUGCAUCAGUGGCAUACAUCCUGGCAACACGUCCGAGUCACCUGUGGAGACAAGGGAUGCUGAUUCUGGGCUUCCUCCCCGUUCCUUCUGAGCCCCCAUGCCCAACCCCCACUCUUGAGUUUAAUUGGUUUGGGCCCUUCCCACAUGAUUCUGUUGUUCAGCCAGGCCAAGAACCACUGGUGUCAAAAUAAUAACUUCCCAAGAACACCACAAAGGAAAGAGAAUUGAGUGUUGAGCUGUGUUCUGGUGCAGGCAACUUAUGCUGAGCAAGCAAAUAUCUGGAUGUCAACUCAUGGUUCAUUUUUGUUUUUUCAAGUUUUGACGUCCCUAGAGGCUAAAGGGCUAUCACCUCUGUGAACUGUUUUCAUAUACUUUUCUAGUGUUGCCUUAGGAGAACAUGGUAGGCUGUGCUUCUAAAUGCAGUAAGACAUUACACUGAUGAGCUGCAGUGAGUCAAAGUAAGAUCUGAUGAGUAAGCCGUAUUUGUAUACAGGGUUUCCAUUCUAGGAUGUGCUUUUGAGGCCUUACAUUAUUAUAUAGUAUUGAUCCAGUUUCUUUUAAAAAUGACUACUUCUGACUUAUUUGGGAAAGUAUUACAAAAUCAGGAAUUUUUAUGUGACAUCAGUGAAUCUUUUCUAGGUUCAUAGCUUUUCAUGAGCUCUUUCCCAAGGCUGUGGACUGCUUGUUGAGUUGGAGUGCCCGAUGCUCGGCUGGUGGAGGUGAAGCUGAUUGUUCAUCUCUGGGAAGCUUGCAGGGAGCUCAGUCUUGUGUGCUGGAAUUGUUGGACAUGUAACCCAAAGCAGGAGGGAAACAAGCCAGGAUGGUGUUGACACCUUUCAUUGGCUCCUACGAUACUAAAUAGUACUUGUUCCUAGAUAAUAUACGAUCUCAUCAGAAACAGAACUUAUGCUGCCAUGCCUUAACACUGUUAUUUAAGACAUGUAAUCUUUGGAUCCAGUAAAUCUUCAGGUUUUUCUUGUAGCUACAGCAUUCUUCCCAUGGGAAUACCCAAGAUGUUUUUUUGUGUUUCUAAACAACACUUUUGAAUUCCUUUAUGAGAACAAAUGCUGGUGAAUCAUGCCUUUGCCAACAGAAGUUGUUCCCAGUUGAUAUGUCUUUUGGGAAGCUAAUAAUGUGGAGUGAAAAUUACCUAUACCUGAAAGUGAUACUUUCAUGAAUCCCAUUGGUGCAGCAGUAUAUCUAAAAUAAAUAGAAACCACAAUGAGAGAACUCAACAGUGAUGUGGCAGGUGAUGUAUUUGACAGAUGGGGAAGUUAUGGUUGGAACAGAGUCAUAGCCCAGUGUUUGGGGUUGGCUGUACAGCAUUCCUAAGAUGAGUGUUACACAUGAACUGGACCUUUCUCAAUAGCAGCAAAACAACCUUUCUUCAUGUUUGAAAUGGUAGAAUAUCUCAAUCUAGUGAGUCCUGGGAAUAAGGCUUCUAGCAAAGCUAGACAAUGUGAUAAUAGAUUAGAGUAAUUCUCCUAAAGUUUACUUUAGCACCUAAAAUACCAGUGUUUCUGCUGAUGUUUGCAGUUUUCUAACUUUAUAUGAGAUUUUUCCUUGGACUGGAGAAGUAGGGAACAAAGUCUACACAGUGAAACAUACUGUGCCGAGUCAAGCAGAAUAAGAUAUCCAUCAAACAGAUGUAUUCCCAUCAGAACACGUUGUUUCUUGAUGAACAGAGUAAGAAAAAGAUGCAGUUG